GGAAACGGAGGCUGUAUAGGAUUCUGAAUUGACCUUGGAUUGCUUUGUUUCAUGGCAAAAGGCAUGGAUUCGGAGAGUAUUUUGGUGCUGUCUCGGGGAAGGACGGGUUUAAAGCGUGAAUUUGAGUUUGCUUUGAAGGCUCAAUCAGAGAUCUGCGGGACUUUGGGGCGAACGCGGUCUAGGAAGGCGGAGAAUGCAGCCAUUGGGAGUCCGGAGAGCAGGAGCAACAAGAUAUUGAAGGUAUAUGCGAAGAUUAAGAAAGGGAAAGACAGAGAAGCUAAAGGCGUGGAGAAAGAUUUGGUUGAUUUGAUGAGUGGGGGUGAUGGGGAAGUUAAGGUUGACGCCUGCAAGAGCUUGAAAAUUGAAGGACUGGAGAAAGGAGAAGGGGGUGUGGAGCCAAUGUGUAAAGAUGAGAUUGACAAAGGUGGAGCUGUAAAAAGUUUAGCGAAUAUUGAAGAACUUGAGAUGACACCAGAGAAGGCAUUGAAAAUUGGUUGGGAAGAUAAAGAGAAAAACCAAGGAAAAGCCUUUUCCACUCUGGAUUUGGAAGGUGUUAACAGUGAAACAGAAACAGAAAAAGAAAACAAGUUUGAGAAAGGGCUGAUGGAUGUUGAAGAAGAUAGGAGUAGAAUAGAUGUUAACAAGGAUCAGAAUAAAGAAAUUGAAACGGAGAAUUUGAUGAGUGGAGAAAAGGAAAAGGUUGAAGUGGAUUUGGGAAUGAAAAACGAGCAGCAAAAUGGGAACCAGGCAGGUUCUAGUGAUAAAAUCACAAUUUCUAUCAGUGGUGGUGGUGUUGAUGAUACCAAGACUGAGAAUGUGUUCGAGGAAAAGCCACUCAGGAGGUUUACGCGCUCCUGUUUGAAGCAGAAGGUGGAACCAGGGAAGAAACCUGGUGGAAAUGUUGUGGAACAGGAUACUGAUUUCAGAAGUGGUUAUGAUGGCAACAUUAAAGGUGUCAAUACUUCAUUUAAGCAUGAAAUGAAUUCAGCAACAAAUUUUGCAAGGGCUGCCCCAACUAGGUUGAAGGAUCUUCUUGAUUCUGGUAUGCUUGAGGGGAUAAAUGUGAAGUAUAUACGGCACGCUAAGGGCACUAGAGGUUCAAGUGUUGAUGGACUCCGAGGAGUGAUAAGAGGCACUGGAAUAUUGUGUUUUUGCCAUGCUUGCAAGGGUGAUAAUGUGGUUCUGCCAACAGUAUAUGAAGUGCAUGCUGGUAGUUCAAACAAACAUCCAGCUGAGCAUAUUCACCUGGAGAAUGGGAAAACCCUCCGUGAUGUGAUGAACGUAUAUAAAGAGAACUCAUUGAUCACAUUGGAGGAGGCUCUUCACACUGUUAUUGGCCCAUCCAUGAAGAAUUCCAACUUUUGUUUCAACUGCCGAGGAUCCAUUGCAGGAGCUGCUUGCAGGAAAACUAUGGUUCUAUGUAAUUCCUGCCUGGAGCUAAAAGAGCCUCGAUUCAACCCUACUAAAGCAGUUGAUGCUAGUGAUAAAUCACCCAAACCAACUGUUGUGACAAAGUCACCUUACAGUGCUACAAAGAGCAGCUCGUCACAAACAAAGACUCAAGGAAGAGUAACUAGAAAGGAUCUGCGGAUGCAUAAAUCGGUUUUUGAGGAACAUGGAUUGCCAGAAGGAACUGAACUAGCAUAUUUUGCACGUGGACAGAAAUGUCUAGUAGGUUAUAAGAAUGGAUUAGGAAUACUUUGCAACUGCUGCAGUUCUUUGGUUAGCCCCUCAGUGUUUGAAGCUCAUGCUGGUUAUGCUUCUCGUCGCAAACCUUUCCAACACAUUUACACAUCUAAUGGAGUGUCUCUCCAUGAAUUGUCAAUGUCUCUAUCCAAAGAUCGGAAGUUCUCUACAGAUGAGAUUGAUGAGCUAUGCAGCAUUUGUUUGGAUGGAGGGGAUCUAUUAUGUUGUGAUACAUGUCCAAGGGCGUUUCAUAAAGAGUGUGUUUCACUGCCAAAAAUUACGACUGGUGCUCGGUACUGUAGGUAUUGUCAGAAUAUACUCCAAAUGGAAAAAUGUGUGGAACAUAAUGCUAAUGCUGUAGCAGCUGGAAGGGUUGAGGGAGUUGAUCCAAUAGAACAGAUAACUAAGAGAUGCAUUCGUAUUGUUAAAACUCCUGAGACUGAAAACCCCAGUGUAUGCGUAUUAUGCAGGGGUCAUAAUUUUAGCAAAUCGGGAUUUGGUCCUCAAACCGUUAUCCUCUGCGAUCAGUGUGAGAAAGAGUACCAUGUGGGCUGUCUCAGGGAUCAUAAUAUUGAUGACCUCGAGGAGUUGCCCGAGGGACAGUGGUUCUGUUGUGUAGAGUGUAGUGUCAUUCAUUCUGCUUUACAGAAGUUGGUGGUUCAUGGAGAAGAGAAGCUUCCUGACUCUUCUCUGUUUGCUGUGAAGAAGAAUCGUGAAGAAAUUGAUUUGGAGAGCAAGACUAAUCUUGAUAUAAGAUGGAGGGUUCUUAGUGGGAAAAUGGCUUCACUUGAUGACAAUAGAGUGUUGCUUUCCAAGGCUGUUACAAUCUUCCAUGACCGUUUCGAUCCAAUAAGUGAAUCUGGAUCUGCUAAAGGUGAUCUCAUACCAGCAAUGGUUUAUGGAAGGGCUGUCAAGGGCCAAGAUUUUGGUGGCAUGUACUGUGCAAUAUUAACUGUAAAUCAAGUGGUAGUAUCAGCUGGGAUUUUUAGGAUUUUUGGGCAGGACGUGGCAGAACUUCCUUUAGUUGCAACAAGCACUGAAGCCCAAGGACAGGGUUAUUUUCAAUGCUUAUUUUCUUGCAUUGAGAAGCUACUUGGCUUCUUAAAAGUGAGGAAUCUGGUGCUCCCUGCAGCAGACGAAGCCGAAUCCAUUUGGGUGAAGAAGUUUGAUUUCAACAAAAUGCCCCCAGAUGAGGUGAACAAAUAUAAAAGAGAUUAUCAAAUGAUGAUCUUCCAAGGAACUUCGAUGCUGUGGAAACCAGUUCCGGGAGUUGUGCUUAAGUCAUCGGGUGAAAGCUGAACACCUUGGAAAUUUUGAAAAUACUUAAUAGAGAAGCCUUCUUUUUCCUUUAAAGAGUUGUCCUCCUAGGAAUGUACAGGGUUAUUUCCUUUUUCUUUUCCUUCCUCGAAGAAGGCAAUUAGUUUUUUCAUUUGGGGGGGUCGGGUGGAAGUCAACUAUUGAGUUUGAACCUCAGUUUGGUGUGCUUCUCGCUAAGCAGGGCUGGGUGAUUUGUUCUUGUAUGCAAGUCAUAUACAAGAUGCAAGGACACAAUAAUUCUUUGUAGCAUGUAGGAUUACAUACAACAAUAGUUAAAUUAAGUUGGGGGAAAUUCUGAAAUGUCAAUCUAAUAUAGGUUUCGCCAUACAAAUGAAGGCUCUUCGUAGGAGGCAUUUUUCCUUUUUCCCUAAAACUGCCAUGAAUUCGAGGAAAUUUAACAUUGGAUUUAUUUAUUUCAAGAGCUGUGUAUAUAACCGAAGAAUUAUAUGCAAUAUGCCAAUGUGAAAAACCUCUACAUCUUAUAUAAUUUUUGUUAUAAUCUUCUGCAUCUCAUACCUCCAUAAUAAGAUUUCAAAAUUCAA